AUGCUUAAUAGAAGUGAGAGGGAUCCUAAACUUCACACUUGUGGGGAAUGGAAAUGCCCCUGUUGCAACAGCCACGUGGAUCAAGGCCAUCUCUGUUAUCAGCCUCCAAAAGAAAUCAACGACGCCCGUACCAAGUUCAUCUUCUACGAUUUCGAAUGCCGUCAGGACGAAUUGUUGCAAUGCAAUGAAGGUUACUCACCAAUUGAAGUGUGUCCCACUUGCCCCGGAAAUAACUGCCGUCAUCAGGCUCGGUGUCAGCAUUGCCAGCAAUCGUGGUGUGGCAAACAUCAACACGUACCGAACUACUUGGUGGCGCAGACGUCGUGUGAAGCGUGUAAAAACCAAUCUACCACAGACACAUCCAAAUGCCACGCAUGCGGAUCAAGAUGUCCCUCUUGUAACAAACGUGACAAGAAGAAGAAACAGUACUUGAAACAACCAUAUGACAAUACGUGUGGAUUCCGUCAAGUCAUCUUUCAAGGGGACGGUGCCCACAUCCAAUUUUGCCAAUGGUUGUUUCGAGACAACCACAAAGGUUUCACGGCUGUCGCCCACAACAACAAGGCAUAUGAUGCCUACUUUAUCCUCGAGUACAUGAUCGACCAGUCCAUGUAUCCGCAGAAAAUAAUCUAUAUCGGCUCCAAAAUCAUGUACUUGCAAGUGGAGAGGGGGCUUAACAUCAGAAUCAUCGACAGUUUAAAUUUUCUUCCCAUGAAGCUGGCUGCUUUGCCCAAGUCCUUUGGUUUAACAGAGCUCAAGAAAGGAUAUUUUCCGCAUUACUUUAAUACCAGGGGAAAUCAAAACUACCACGGACCGUUUCCAGACCCUGAGACGUAUGGUGUUAACUACAUGUCGUCCAAGGAGAGAACAGAAUUUCUGAAGUGGCAUGCUGAACAACAGGGUAUGUUCGACUUUCAGAGAGAAAUGAAAGAUUAUUGUAUGUCCGAUGUCACUGUACUCCGAGAAGCCUGCCUUAAGUUUCAAGCUCUGAUGCUGGAAGCCACAGGUGAAAAGCAGAUAGACCUCGACACCAAAGCUGUCAGCUACAUCAAUGGUAUCGACCCAUUUGCUCAGUACAUCACCAUCGCCUCGGUAUGUAUGGGCAUCUUUCAAAGUAAAUUUCUGAAAGAACACCAGCACGCCAAACUCACAGAUGGUCAAAAUAUCAUGGACUGGAUGACGGUCAGAGACGACGGGUCUAUCAAGGUGAAACCCGAAGUAUGGUUGAUGGAACAAGAAUUGAGAGAUCGCGGGAUGACCAUAGCUGAAUCUGAAGUCGUUCCCAGUCCCAUUGCUCAAGUACCAAGCGAGGCCAAACGAUACAGUGUCAUUGAGAUCUGGGAACAUCAAUUCCACGACCUUCUGAAAUCCAAACCAGAACUGUUACAGUUUGUGAACUCGUUGGAUCUACAAGACCGACUAAACCCCAGAGAUUCUUUCUUUGGAGGAAGAACCAAUGCAAGCAAGCUACAUUACAAAGCAAAAGGAGGAGAAGAAAUAAAAUACGUGGAUUUCACGUCUCUGUAUCCUUGGGUGAAUAAGUAUUGUAAAUAUCCAGUGGGGCAUCCUCAAAUCAUACACACGGAUUUCAUGCCAUUAGAUGAAUACUUUGGUAUCACCAAGGUAAAAAUACUACCACCACGUGGACUUUAUUAUCCUGUGCUACCUUAUAAAUCUAAGGGAAAACUCAAGUUCCCCCUGUGCAGAACCUGUGCUGACGAAGAAUUACAAACAUUAUGUCGCCAUUCAGAGGAAGAGAGAAACAUCAUUGGAACGUGGUGCAUUCCCGAAAUCAUUAAAGCCACGGAUCAAGGGUAUCGAGUCACCAGAGUCUACGAGGUCUAUCAUUAUCCUGAAACAACACAGUACGACCCGGCAACACGUGAAGGUGGUCUUUUUGCCAACUAUAUCAAUACCUUCCUCAAAUUAAAACAAGAAGCAAGUGGAUGGCCUGUAUGGUGUAUCGCAGAGGAAGACAAAGACAAAUACAUCAGACAAUAUCGAGACAAAGAGGGUGUACAGCUUGACAAAGAAAAUAUCGUAAAGAACCCUGGACUUCGGUCUCUGGCUAAACUGUGUCUGAACAGUUUCUGGAGGAAAUAUGGUCAACGUCUGAAUAUGAAGCAGUCUGCCUUCAUUCACGAAAACAAUGCAGAAACGUUUUUCCAGAUGUUGGCAGAUCCCACCAAAGACAUCGUCGAUUUUCACGUGUUGACAGAGUCCAUUUUGCAACUUGAAUACCAACACAAAUCAACCUUUAUCCCAGAAGACCUGAAAACCAACAUUUUUCUGGCAACGUUCACUACCUCCUGGGCGAGAUUGAAAUUGUACAGUGUGUUGGAGAAGCUGGAUGAAAAUGUGUUAUACUACGACACAGACUCUGUCAUCUUUGUGGCCAGACCAGGAAAACUAUCAACCCUCUCUGGGAGAUUAUCUCGGAGAACUGACCGACGAACUGGAUGGACAGUAUAUCACAGAAUUUGUAAGUGGAGGUCCAAAAAAUUACGGAUACAGAACAUGUAG